AUGGAGUAUCACGAGUCGGUGAACAUUAAGAGAACAGAGAGAUGUCUUGAGAAAAUAAAAGCUUACAAGACAGGCGUUGCGAGGGCUAUACUGCUUUUUGGUAAACCAGGCGUCGGAAAAUCCUCGCUGGCAGAGCACAUCACGGGGAUAUCUGGUCUCUCCGGGGCGUCAGAAACAGGAACGGAACGAUGCCAGAUAAUCGAUACUCAAAUCAACGAAACCGAACAUUUCGUCGUUGACACCCCCGGAUUCGAAGACGAGCGCGGCGCAUGGGCUACAUUCUGCGAAAUCGCCCAGCGCCUCGACCAUUUCCGAGAUCACGCCGCACUCGUCGCAAUCUUCUUCGUAACACCCAUCAAUACCUUCAAGCGUCGGGCCGAUUCUUUCGAGGAGAGACUAUGUACCUGGCUGUUCUCAUGGGUGGUGAUGGCGGUGGUUUUGCGAGCAGCAUGCAAUCCAUGGGUGCAAAAGGCUUCGACAUAA